UGGUCUGACAUCACCCUCCCGCUCAUGCAGCCCGCAGAGAUCCGCAAAGUGAUUGACAAGUGGGCAGAUCUGAUUGUAGAGCUGGGUGCUGAAUACACGUGGGUGCAGAUCUUCGAGAAUAAAGGAGCCAUGAUGGGCUGUUCAAACCCCCAUCCUCACUGUCAGGUUUGGGCCAGUAAUUUUCUUCCUAACGAAGCGGCGCUGGCGGAGCGCUGUCAGAGAGACUUCCUGCAGAAGCACGGAGAGCCUUUGCUGCUCCAGUAUGCUCGAAUGGAGACGCAAGCACAGCAGUUUUGGGGACUUUUCAGCUGGUAGAAUUGAAGUCAAACCUUUACGGGCAACCUACAGACUGGGCCGGCGCCAAAGGGGGGGGUACUUGCCCCCCCCCAAACAAGUUACUGUGCCCCCCUUCCCUGCUGAAAGUGAUUGAUUGAAGCGAAAUUGAAAGCGGAAAAAACAGCACGCGUAUGAAAGCGUUUUUUUUUUCCACCCUGAAAUU